UUGAAAAUGGCUGCUUGACCUUUUGGGAGUAAAUAUGAUUUUUUUACGGUGGUUUGGUUAAUAUUUUUAAGUGUGUGGUGGUUCUUAGUGCUUCUUAUGAUUUCGAAGAAUAUCAGGGAAGUCUUCCGUGUAUCUCUAAUGCUCAGGUAUAAGAAACUACACCACCAUUUACUUACUUCCUAGUGAAUGGUCACAUCAAUAUCGAAAAGUUCGUUACCAUAGCCUUCACUAUGGAGUUGAUUCAAGAUGACGAUCGGCGGAGGAGGCUCUGCCUCCUCCAGGAAAAGAUUCAGGAUCCGAGAGGAAUUGCCAACAUCGAUUCCCUCUUGGAUACUGUGCAAGCCCUACAUACAGACUGCGAUUAUCCCGCCAUGAGGAAAAUUAAAAACAUCGAAAUGUAUUUAAAUAGAUAUGGUGACUUUGCGAACGAGGUCGUCAAUCUCCGUAUGAAAACCGAUGAUUUCGAGCAUAUCAAAGUAAUAGGACGCGGAGCUUUCGGAAAGGUGCAGCUGGUGAGGCAUAAAUACACCCGGCAAGUUUAUGCCAUGAAACGACUGAGUAAAGCAGACCUGAUCAAGCGAUCAGAUUCGGCAUUCUUCUGGGAGGAGCGACAUAUCAUGGCACACGCUCAGUCCGAGUGGAUAGUCCAGUUACACUUUGCCUUUCAAGAUGCCAAACACUUAUACAUGGUCAUGGAUUAUAUGCCCGGCGGGGACAUCGUCAACUUGAUGUCGAAUUACGAUAUUCCUGAAAAGUGGGCAAAAUUCUAUACCAUGGAAGUGGUUCUUGCCUUAGAUGUGAUCCAUUCGAUGGGUUUUGUACAUAGAGACGUUAAGCCAGAUAAUAUGCUUUUAGAUAAGUACGGUCACUUAAAGUUGGCCGAUUUUGGUACUUGCAUGCGUAUGGACGAAGAUGGGCUCGUCAGGUCGAAUAACGUGGUCGGUACUCCUGAUUAUAUAUCUCCUGAAGUGCUCCAGAGUCACGGGAAGGGGAUUUACGGGCGCGAGUGUGAUUGGUGGUCGGUGGGGAUUUUUCUGUAUGAGAUGUUGGUAGGGGAGACGCCGUUUUACGCGGACAGUUUACUCGGUACUUACAACAAGAUCAUGUAUCAUGAAAAUAAUCUUACUUUCCCUGAUGAAGUGGAAAUAUCUAAAGAGGCUAUAUCUUUAAUACAGGGUUUAUUAUGUGAUAGAACUAAACGUUUAGGGAGGAACAACGUCGACGAAAUAAAGAACCAUCCGUUUUUUAUCAACGACCAGUGGACGUUUGAAAACUUAAGAAACUCGGCUCCACCUGUAGUACCUGAGUUGACGGGAGAUGACGACACCAAAAAUUUCGACGACUACGAGAAGGAAGAAACGUCGGAGGAAGUGUUUCCAGUGCCAAAUAGCUUCAUAGGAAACCAUUUACCGUUCAUAGGCUUUACUUAUAAUUCAGACUAUCAACUCUUGUCUGAUAGAAGAAGUGAUAUUGUAGAUAGUGGCAAAACAAAUCAUCUCAACGACAAAGACGCAAAUGCUCAAGUAAAUAAAUUACAGCAACUCUUAGACCAAGAAAAAAACACAGUAGAAGAACUAGAAAGCAAACAACGAAUAUUAAUUGCUCAAAUUAGUAACUUAGCUCAACGCGAAUCCGAAAUACGCGAAGAAGCGUCCAAGUAUGAGAAAGAGUUGACGAUUCUAAAGCACAACUUCAAAGAAGUGCAGCGCCGGGCCGACAAUGAGAGCGAAUCGCGCAAGAAAACGGAAAAAUAUUUUGCAGAUCUCAAGAAAACGCUGGAAGAAGAACAGAACAAGCGCACCCGCGAAAUGAACAACAACCAACAACACAACGACAAAAUCAACAUCCUGGAGAAGCAAGUCGCCGAAAUGCAGGAAAAGCUGAAAGGCGAGACCGAGAAUUGUCAGAGGUUGCGGAAGCAGACGACCGAAUUGACGAUGGCGAAGUCGGCUUACGAACAAAAGGCUGCCGAGUAUCAAGCGAUACUGCAGAAUUUGCAGUCGCAGAGGGACAAUUUGCAAGCGGAAGUUACCAACUUGCAGGAGCAGUUGACGCAAGAGGUCGCAGCGAGGACGCAAGCUUCUGAGGAGUGUCUGGUUUUGAAGAAUAGGUACCAACAUGUCAACGUUGAAUUGGAGAGCAGCAGGCAGCGAGAGAGGAAAAUCGUUGCGGAUAACACCCAGUUGACUGAAAAGGUGUCCACUUUGGAGAAGGAAAAUGCGGGAUUGUGUCUUGAAUUGAAGGCAGCUCAGAAUAGGUACCAGCAGGAAGUGAAAGCGCAUGAGGAGACGGAAAGGAGCAGGAUGCUAAAUAAAGAAGAAGCGAACUUAGAAGUUGUUAAGGCCCUCCAGACAAAAUUAAACGAAGAAAAAAGCGCGCGGCAAAAGGCCGAUCUCAAUUCUCAAGAAAAAGAGCGACAAAUUUCGAUGCUGUCGGUAGACUACCGGCAAAUCCAACAACGUCUCCAAAAAUUAGAAGGCGAGCAUAGGCAAGAAGUGGAAAAAGUGAAAGCCCUUCAGAGUCAAAUCGAACAAGAGCAACAGCAGAAAACCAUCCUGCAGUCAGAAGUGGGUCAAUACAUUUCCGAAGUUGCUAAACUUAAAGCCAGAGAAUCUCAACUUGCCAUCGACAUAAGUAAUCUACAAGAGGCUAAAAAGAAGCUGGAGGACGAUUUGUUUAAGUUGAAGAGAGACUGGCAAAUGGAACAGCUUCAAAUGAAAGAACUGCAGGACUCUUUAGAAGCCGAACAGUACUUCUCCACUUUGUACAAAACGCAAACCAACGAAUUGCGGGAGGAGCUAGAAGAGAAAACCAAGACAAAUAAAGAGUUUGAAGAAGAGUGUGCUUCUUUGAAGCACCAGUGUCAAAUAGCAAUCGCAAGAGCGGACUCUGAGGCUUUAGCGAGAUCGAUAGCCGAAGAAACCGUUGCAGAUUUAGAGAAAGAAAAAACUAUGAAAGAGCUUGAACUGAAGGACUUGUUGGCGAAACACAGAAGCGAACUUAAUUCUAAAGAAGUUGCUGUUAAUACGUUGAAAGAUAGAGAAGUUGAACUCAAAAGAACAAACGAACAUAUGUCUAAAGACAAGGAAGAGAUCAACAGGCAACUCAAACAGUUGCAGGAAGAGUUUAACAAGAAAUCUGGAAACAAUGAAGAGAUCGAGAAACUGAAGAGCAAGUUGCAGACCGAAUCUUUACUGAAACAACAAGCCGUGAAUAAACUUCACGAGAUCUUGAACAGGAAAGAUUUGAAGGAGAUCAAGGGCAAGAGCAAGAUUUCGAACGCCGAUUUGAGGAGGAAGGAGAAAGAUCUGAAGAAGUUGCAACAAGAGUUGACCCAAGAAAAGGAAAAGUUCAACCAGACGAUUAGUAGUUAUCAAUUGCGCAUACAAGAACUUAUGGUGCAAUGUAGUGACGAAAUUGCUUCCAAGCAGAGGCUACAGAUGGAGUUAGACAGCAAAGACUCGGAAAUCGAACAGCUUCAGUUGAAGUUGGCGGCUUUGAAUAGCGAGACUGCGUCUUUGAGCUCCGCCGACAACGAGGGUGACGAAAUAAACUCCGACUCGAUGUUCGAAGGGUGGCUGUCGAUUCCGUUUAAACAAAACAUAAAGAGGCACGGCUGGAAGAAACAAUACGUCGUUGUUUCGAGCCGAAAAAUAAUUUUUUACAAUUCGGAAAAUGACAAGCAAAAUACCGAUCCUGUGAUUGUUCUUGAUCUCUGCAAAGUGUUUCAUGUGCGUUCGGUGACGCAAGGUGACGUUAUUAGGGCGGAUUCCAAAGAUAUCCCUAGGAUAUUUCAGUUGUUGUACGCUGGGGAGGGCGAGGCUAGGAAAGCCGACGAGCAAAGCAAUUCUUUUGACUCUAGUACGAUAAGGAGUCUUGAAGAUAAUCCUCGUACUACGAUACAUAAGGGUCACGAGUUCCUAGGUAUUUCCUACCACAUGCCCACAACUUGUGAAGUUUGUCCUAAACCCAUGUGGAAUAUGUUUAGACCUCCGCCUGCAUUAGAAUGCAGAAGGUGUAGGAUAAAAAUACACAAGGAUCACUUGGAGAAGAAGGAAGACGCCGUUCCUCCUUGUAAAUUACAUUAUGACCCUUCAUAUGCCAAAGAACUACUCCUGCUUGCUCCUUCAACAGACGAACAGAAGCAGUGGGUGUAUAGAUUAAGCCGAAAAAUACAGAAAUGUGGGUUUAAAGCCAACAAUUCCAAUGCCAUAGAUUCUGCUAAGAUAUCGCCUAGCUCAAGUGCUUCUACUAAGUGUUCCUUCUACCUUAACAGGGAGUCAACUCGUUCUAGUUUGAAGCCAUACCUGAAUAUCCAGCAACGAUCUGCAACUCUGCCUGCUAAUUCUUCAAUGAGCGGCAAAUGACGUUUGAGUUUUAAAUUAAGUUAACUGUUCAUGCUUCCAGUUUCAUCACUAAAAUUCUGAUACAGUUUCAGUACUUGUUACCCUCUUACCACAUCACUGUAUCAAGCGCAUCGUUUUCAAAUCUUUGAUAGUCUAUUUUGUGGCACUAAAUCUUAAGAUGUUUAACAAUAAUUAUAAACGUUUAAGAACAUAGUUUCAACAUCUAAAAUGUCUCAAAGUUGGUUGCUAAUAAUGCUAACUCUUUAACUGUGACGCUGUACUAAUUUUGUAAAGGUGCUAAUUCAGAUUUAUUUUGUAAAUUUUUUAUGUGGAUUUUUUCUAAUCAGUGCUUGAGGUUUUUUUGACAUGACAUUCCCUUUGAGUACAGUAAUAAACUUUUUUUAUUUUAGUUGUAUAUUACUUGUUGUGUUUUUUUUUUUUUUUAGAUUGUACAAAUUAUUUUAAUGCGAAUUCUGAUUUAUGUAUAAUUAUGUAUUUAUUAAUCUACCUUAUUUCUAUUUUUUCUAUUAUGAAAUUGUGCCUUAAACAUUCAUUUGUGGUUACUACUAUUGUACUAGCCGCAACACCAAGUUUUUUAAUAUGAUUUUGGCAAUUUAAAUAGUAGAGUACAUUUUUGCCUUAUGUAUUAUAUAAAAUGUAAACCAAAAUGGACAAUUCUGAAUAAAUUGUUCUUAUUACUGA